CCUGAAGAUAUUUUAACCACAAAUCUCAAUGUCCUUAUCCGAGACCGAAUCAUUCAGCCAAUUCUCUGUGAGAACCAGAAUAUCAGGGAUUGUGUCCCUCACCCAGAUAUCAGGAAGGUCCAAACUGAGACACAAACAUAGACACAGCCAGGAGUACACUCAGACUAGCUUGGAACAUAGAGUAGCUUCUUGUUUUUUGUAAAUCUUAUCAGGGUGUUUGACAGUGUGUUGAUAAUUGUGAGACCUCUGUUGUUUUGGACCAAGAGGUUUUUCCUCCACACACUGUUUCAGACUAGAAGGACAGACAAAGCGACAUAGACAGAAAGAAAAGAGAGAGACACGAUAAGCAAUAAACACACAGACAUUCAGUGUUGAAGACAGCCAUGGGAGUUGAAGAGCAGAAGGCUGGGGAGUUUUACGUGGAGAGGGAUGUUAUGAACGAGCUUGUUCUGGACGAGUUGGCCAGAAGACGGACUCACUCCACCAGACCUCCCCUGAAGGAGCGAGUGAAAGAUUCCCUCAGGUAAGAUAGUAACAGCCCAUUGGGCACAAACUGGUUGAAUCAAUGUUGUUUCAAUGUAAUUUGUCAACGUAUUGUGAUGUGGAAUUGUGUAAAAUACAUUGGAUUUGCAAAAACGCAUCAAUGUAGACUGUUGUUUUAUGGGGGUGAAAUUUCAACCAUAGGAUUAUAUCAGCAUGGGAACCAAUUUUUAACAUAGACAAACCUUGUAUAAAAUGUGUUGAAUUUGUACGUUUGAAACGUCAGAUCUACAACAUUAUCAGAAAGAAAAUAAGGCUUGACAUCACCUUCUACUAGAUAUUUGAUCUAUCUACAGCUAUCCCUUUGGUCUCCCAUCCAUUGUUUUAACCAAGCCAAGCCCAGCCAUGCUUAGCUUUGAUAUAUGUAACUGACUAUUAACAAUGUGUUAUCGUGAGAAUGAGUGUUAAGAGGUCUCCACUUAAAAAGUAAAUAGAUUCACUAUUGCAAUCGAAGUCAUGUCAAAGGGUAGAUUUAACAGAGCAAAUGAAAGGCAAAUAAACUUUAUCAAUCAAAUAUCAUCAAUGAUGCUAUUUAGGCCUAAGUCUUCAACAGCUAUCAAUUCAAUUCAACCCAGGAUUCAACAAAAAAAUAGAAAAUAGGCCUAGGAUUUCAAGCUUUGGUUGAUUUCACAUUUAAUCUACAAGUUAAUAAUUAAUUUAUCAAAGUUAAAGAAUAGGACUAAAUCAAAUCAAACUUUAAAUUAAGUUUGAUCUGAUUUGGGGCUUGAUUCAAUCUGUAUCGUAGAAGUUCAGCAUUAUAGUGCAAUUUAAAUUUAAAGUCAAUGUUCCUGUGUUUGCGGAGACUGCAUUCAUGGUAAAUGCUGCAUAUGUCGGCUCAAUAGGAAAUUACCUUUACAUUUCAAUUAUGCUAUAGCACUGAACUUCAGCGAUAUGGAUUGAAUCAAAAUCAAAUAAAAUGAAAUUGUAUUGGUCGUAUACACAUAUUUAGCAAAUAUUAUUGCGGGUCGAGCGAAUUGCUUGUGUUCCUAGCGCCAACCGUGCAGUAACAUCUAACAAUACACAACAAUGCAAACAAAUCUAAAAAGUAAAAUAAUGGAAUUAAGAAAUACAUCAUUUAGCAGAUGCUCUUAUCCAGAGCGACUUACAGGAGCAAUUAGGGUUGUGCCUUGCUUAAGGGCACAUCGACAGAUUUUUCACCUAGUCGGCUCGGGGAUUAGAACCAGCGACCUUUCGGUUACUGGCACAACGCUCUUACCCACUAAGCUACCUGCCGACCCCAUAUAUAAAUAUUAGGACAAGCAAUGUUGGAGUCCGCAUGCAAAAUCUUUUCAUCCUUAGUGUGUUUGGACCAUUAUAGUUUGUUGGUGAUGUGGACACCAAGGAACUUGAAGCUCUCGACCUGCUCCACUACAGCUCCAUUGAUGUGAAUGGUGGCGUGCUCUGCCCUCCUUUUCCUGUAGUCCUCCUAUGUAACUACUCAUAUGAAAUGGGUAAAACAGUAUGUAAACAUUAUUAAAGUGACCAGUGUUCCAUUAUUAAAGUGGCCAGUGUUCCAUGUCUAUGUACAUCGGGCAGCAGCCUCUAAGGUGCAGGGAUGAGUAACCGGGUGAUGACAGUGACUAAGUUCAGGGCAGGGUACUGGGUGGAGGCCGAUUAGUGAUUUAACAGUCUGAUGGCCUUGAGAUACAAGUCUCUCGGUCCCAGCUUUGAUGCACCUGUACUGACCUCACUUUCUGAAUUAUAGUGGGGUGAACAGGUCGUGGCAUUGGUGGCUGAGGCCCUUGAUGAUCUUCUUGGCCUUCCUGUGACAACAGGUGCUGUAGAUGUCCUGAAACGCAGGCAUUGUGCUCCCGGUGAUGCGUUGGGCUGACCGCACCACCCUCUGGUGAGCCAUGCGGUUGCGGAUGGUGCAGUUGCCGUACCAGGCUGUGAUACAGCCUGACAGGAUGCUCUCAAUGAUGCAUCUGUAAAAGUUUGUGAGGGUCUUAGGGGCCAAGCCUAAUUUAUUCAGUUUCCUGAGGUUGAAGAGGCCCUGUUGCGCCUUCUUCACCACUCUGUCUGUGUGCGUGGACCAUUUCAGAUUGUCAGUGAUGUGUGCGCCCAGGAACUUUAAGCUUUUCACCAUCUCCAAUGCGGCCCCGUCAGUCAUUUUUACAUUUACAUUUUAGUCAUUUAGCAGACGCUCUUAUCCAGAGCGACUUACAGUUAGUGAAUACAUAUAUAUGAAUGUAUUUUUAUUUUUUAUUUUUUAUACUGGCCCCCCGUGGGAAUCGAACACCAGCGGAACCCAUCCAACUUGAAGGAGAUGGAGCAGUUUUGCCUUAAAGAAUGGGCAAAAAUCCCAGUGGCCAAAUGUACCAAGCUUAUAGAGACAUACCCCAAGAGACUUGCAGCUGUAAUUGCUGCAAAAGGUGGCUCUAUCAAGUAUUGACUUUGUGAAUAGUUAUGCACGCUCAAGUUUUCUGUUUUUUUGUCUUAUUUCUUGUUUGUUUCACCCCAAAAAUUAUUUUGCUUCUUCAAAUUGGUAUGUAUGUUGUGUAAAUCAAAAGAUACAAACCCCCAAAAAAUCUAUUUUAAUUCCAGGUUGUAUGGCAACAAAAUAGGAAAAAUGCCAAGGAGGGUGAAUACUUUUGCAAGACACUGUACAUUGUUUAUUUUGCCACAUAAACUGAACUUAGGCGAACUAUUAGAAUUUUAGUAACCAGGAAAUGGCGGAGCGAUUUCUGCAUAUUGCACAUUUAAUGUUUGAAAGAGUGAAUACUGUAUGAUCGGUUUAAUGUGUCUCGGUUAAUGUAAUAUGUCUUCAGAUUUCAUAACUCCUUUUUACUAAGGAAUCACGAAGAGUCUCCUCAUACAUAAAAUAAACUAUAAGAUAUGUUAGCGAUGGCAAUAUUACUGUGCAACGUAGACAUUCUAUUUUCUCCCGAGAUUGCAAAACAAUUUGUACGUUGAUGUAGUGCCCAUCGGUUAUGAAUGUUUCAACCUCUGUGUUGAGAAGUCGUGUUUUUACUGUCAGUUGCUGGUUUCACCCAAAAUUACACUAAACAUUAGCUUUUUAGCAUUUCUGAGUCUGUUCUAACGUGUCCACCUGCAAAUCCGAGGCCAUGAUUGUGGCUGUAUCGCAUUAGUGGAAACCAAGACUGUUCUCAGGCCAGGUCUGCCAGUUUUGACUAGCAGAAGUGACUUUUUGUUAGGGUAACUUAUGCAGCAGAUUAGAAUAAUUAACGUGGUAGGUUAGGAGAAUUCAUGUGGCAGGUUAGGAGAAUUAGGUUAAGGUUAGGAAAAGCUACCCCGGUUAGGGUUAGCUAAAAUGCUAAAAUUGUCCCAGACGUGACUUGAACAUAUCUAGCUACAACCAGGCCUGCCCCGAGAACAGUCUUGGUUUCCGCUAAUGCGAUCCAACAUUAUUUUGCUUCCGUUGUGGGUGUGGUAGCAAAUCAACCUUUAUUUAGAAUAAUAAAACUAUGGGAGUAAUCUAGAGUUGUGCUUUGCUUUCAGCAAGCACACCUAAUAACAUGAGUAUGUAAGAAAUCUAGAGGGUUCUUGCCUUCAGCAAGCACACUAAUAAAUACUGUUACAUUAGUUUGUAAGAUAGCAUUAACUUUGGCUAUUUACUGUAUUAAAAAAGUAAUAGUCUCGCCCACGAGCCGGCUCUUCCUCUGUCAAGACGUCUGGUUUCACAAUGCCUCUAAACGGGACUUGACCGGGAGUCUGUGGCAGGAGCUGCAAAAACAGUCCCUGGUUUUAAUUGGCUGAUAUCUAAGUUCAUCACCAUGUAGUGCAUCCCUUAGAACAGGGAUCAUCAGCUAGAUUCAAGCCGAUUUUUAUUUGAGAGUAUGGUCAGGAGUCUGUAACAUAAUUACAAAUCAAUUUGACUGCAAGAAUGACAAACAGAUAUACACUGCUCAAAAAAAUUAAGGGAACACUUAAACAACACAAUGUAACUCCAAGUCAAUCACACUUCUGUGAAAUCAAACUGUCCACUUAGGAAGCAACACUGAUUGACAAUACAUUUCACAUGCUGUUGUGCAAAUGGAAUAGACAACAGGUGGAAAUUAUAGCCAAUUAGCAAGACAACCCCAAUAAAGGAGUGGUUCUGCAGGUGGUGACCACAGACCACUUCUCAGUUCCUAUGCUUCCUGGCUGAUGUUUUGGUCACUUUUGAAUGCUGGCGGUGCUUUCACUCUAGUGGUAGCAUGAGACGGAGUCUACAACCCACACAAGUGGCUCAGGUAGUGCAGCUCAUCCAGGAUGGCACAUCAAUGCAAGCUGUGGCAAGAAGGUUUGCUGUGUCUGUCAGCGUAGUGUCCAGAGCAUGGAGGCGCUACCAGGAGACAGGCCAGUACAUCAGGAGACGUGGAGGAGGCCGUAGGAGGGCAACAACCCAGCAGCAGGACCGCUACCUCUGCCUUUGUGCAAGGAGGAGCAGGAGGAGCACUGACAGAGCCCUGCAAAAUGACCUCCAGCAGGCCACAAAUGUGCAUGUGUCUGCUCAAACGGUCAGAAACAGACUCCAUGAGGGUGGUAUGAGGGCCCGAUGUCCACAGGUGGGUGUUGGGCUUACAGCCUAACACCGUGCAGGACGUUUGGCAUUUGCCAGAGAACACCAAGAUUGGCAAAUUCGCCACUGGCGCCCUGUGCUCUUCACAGAUGAAAGCAGGUUUACACUGAGCACAUGUGACAGACGUGACAGAGUCUGGAGACGCCGUGGAGAACAUUCUGCUGCCUGCAACUUCCUCCAGCAUGACCGGUUUUGCUGUGGGUCAGUCAUGGUGUGGGGUGGCAUUUCUUUGGGGGGCCGCACAGCCCUCCAUGUGCUCACCAGAGGUAGCCUGACUGCCAUUAGGUACCGAGAUGAGAUCCUCAGACCCCUUGUGAGACCAUAUGCUGGUGCGGUUGGCCCUGGGUUCCUCCUAAUGCAAGACAAUGCUAGACCUCAUGUAGCUGGAGUGUGUCAGCAGUUCCUGCAAGAGGAAGGCAUUGAUGCUAUGGACUGGCCCGCCCAUUCCCCAGACCUGAAUCCAAUUGAGCACAUCUGGGACAUCAGGUCUAGCUCCAUCCAACAGACUGUCCAGGAGUUGGCGGAUGCUUUAGUCCAGGUCUGGGAGGAGAUCCCUCAGGAGACCAUCCGCCACCUCAUCAGGAGCAUGCCCAGACGUUGUAGGGAGGUCAUACAGGCACGUGGAGGCCACACACACUACUGAGCCUCAUUUUGACUUGUUUUAAGGACAUUACAUCAAAGUUGGAUCAGUCUGUAGUGUGGUUUUCCACUUAAAUUUUGAGUGUGACUCCAAAUCCAGACCUCCAUGGGUUGAUAAAUUUGAUUUCCAUUGAUCAUUUUUGUGUGAUUUUGUUGUCAGCACAUUCAACUAUGUAAAGAAAAAAGUAUUUAAUAACAUUAUUUCAUUCAUUCAGAUCUAGGAUGUGUUAUUUUAGUGUUCCCUUUAUUUUUUUGAGCAGUGUACUAUUAGACUAAAACAUAAUAAUUUCAAACCUUUCUUGCAUUUUUAUAUGAUCACGUCUCUCUAUUAUCCGUGGGAAUACCUGGGAACAGAUUUCAAAAAUUAAGAUAACUUGGAGCUGAUUUCCUGGUGUUUUUACAGUCUUUUGUGUCCAAUGACAUAAGACAAUUUUGGGUGCCAAAUAAUACCAUUUGGCCGACCUCCCCCUUACAUUGUGGACUUCAAACCGCAAGUGAUUUCAGAAAAUGUGAACGUACACAUCUUAUAAAUAGUUUGAUAUGCUCAAACUCAGAAUCAAUUGUGCUUCCCCAAAAUAUAUGGUCAAUGUGAUAGAACAUUUUAAUUGCAGAUUUUCGCCCUUUUUUCAAAAUCCUGUGUAAGCUUACUCCCUCUCCCGCCUCAAUUUUACCUACAGCCCUAUCAAUGCCCACUUUAUGGCACAGUAGUACCAGGCUCUAUGUGCAACUAAAGUAGACGAAACCUGGUCCUGAAUGGCCACAGUGUGUGCUGGCUUAUGUUCCAGCCUAGCUGUAAGACUCCCGGUUAGUUUAAUUAGAUUUGGUAGAGCUGGAAUGGAACAAAACCCUGCACCCACUGUGGUACUCCAGGAGCCGAGUUGCCUGCAUGCCCUAUCCACCAACUGCAACACACAGCAAACACAUAUCCACUGUCAUAAAUGUAUAACAAAAAUGUAUUCUUCUUUUCUCCACCUCUCCAACUCUCCACCUCUCCACCACUCCAACCCUUCCCCCUGGUCUCAGCUGUUCAGUGCCCAAGCUGAAACAAACUGUGCUGAGCUUUAUACCUAUCCUGUCAUGGCUGCCUCGUUACUCAGUGAGACAAGAUGCACUGGGAGACCUCAUAGCUGGCUUAAGCGUUGGCAUCAUGCACCUGCCUAUGGGUCUGUAGUACCUCUACUGUUUGAACACACACACAUGGCCCAAUCCUAACUUGAAAUCGACAACACAUGGUGGGAAAAGUACUAAAUAGUCAUACCUGACUAAAAUGUAUAGAAAAUGACUCAAGUAAAAGUGAAAGUUAACCAGUAAAAUACUACUUGAGUAAAAGUCUAAAACUAUUUAUUUAAAAAUGUACUUACCAUAAGUACAGUGGUGGGAAAAGUACUCAAUUGUUAUACUUGAGUAAAAGUAUAGUUAAAUGCUAUGAAUCAAAUACCUUAUAUUGAGCCAACCAGACAGCACCAUUAAAAAAAACUCCAACAAUCAGACAUAAUUUACAAAUGAAGCAGUUGUGUUUAGUGAGUUCACCAGAUCAAAGGAAGUCAUUUAAAAAUAAAUACAUAUUAAACUACAGAUAGGCUUACCCAAAUAAACUCCUUAAGUAGUACUUAAAAGUAUUUUAUUAAGUACUUUACAUCACACACAAGUAUUUCUAUUUAGUUACUUUAAGCCACUGCAUGUAACCACAUGCAAAUCUUUCAUUGAUACCAAUGAUUGAGGUAUGUGAAAGCCUGAUUUACACAAGUUGAUCUCAAGUUAGUGUUGCAUCUCUUUGGGCUGUUCAACUCCUGAUAGCUGCAUGACCUACCUGAGAAUACUAUAUGAUAACUGUCUAUCUAUUUUGUGAAGACUACGAAGACUGACAUUUCUGUAACGUUUCCCCAGGUUUGGCCUAUGCUCUCCUGGCCUCUGUGCCCCCAGUGUAUGGCCUCUACACUUCCUUCUACCCUGUACUCGUCUACUGCAUCUUUGGCACCUCCAAACACAUCUCCGUAGGCAAGACAGAGUGUGGAAAAGGGGGAAGGAGAAAGAGAGAGUUUUAAUGUUUUAAUAUCAUUAGGUCAAAGGAAUAUGCUAACGAUUUCACUAAUAUGAUGGUGUGUGUGUGUAAUGUGUGUGUGUUCCCUCAGGCACAUUUGCUGUGACCAGCAUCAUGAUAGGCACCACGACAGAGAGGCUUGCCCCAAACAGUGACUUCACGUUUCUAAAUGGAACCAAUGGGACUGCAUUUCUAAAUGUAGCAGCCCGCGAUGCCUACAGAGUACAGAUAGCAGCCAGCACCACUCUACUGAGUGGGAUCUUUCUGUUUCUGCUGGGCAUGGUGAGGUUUGGUUUCAUGGUGACAUUCCUGUCGGAUCCCCUGGUACGUGGUUACAUGACAGGAGCAGGUAUACAGGUGGUACUUUCCCAACUCCCAAGCCUCUUUGGGAUCAUCACUGGACGCUUCACCGGACCACUGUCUCAGAUCUAUGUGAGUGCACACAACACAUCCACACACACAAACAGAUGAUUCACACAUUCAAAAGUUGUAAAUGUUUUCCAACUACUGAAUGUAUGCAGUAACUCUCUCUUUCUCUCUAGCUCCUAAUAGAUAUCUGUAGACAUUUGCCACAGACUAACAUUGCGGCCGUGGUGGUAACUCUAGUGGCCUUGGCGGUCCUCAUAGUGGUCAAAGAACUCAACAUUUACUAUGAGAAGAAGAUGCCUGUUCCUAUUCCAAUAGAACUCUUAACGGUAAGUCCUCUACACCAGGGUUAACCAAACUCGGUUAUAUAAAUCAGUUGUGUAGUGCUAGGGCAAAAACCAAAACGUGCAACCAGGAGCGGGCCCGGGACCGAGUUUGGGAAACUCUGCUCUACACCUAACACCUCUCUGCGUGUUUCUGUUUAUUUGUCAUACAAUCAUCCUCAGGUCUUUUGCUCGUCAUUCCUCUCUCUCUCUGUUUUGGUCUCUUGAACAUGUUCUACUGAAUACCAUUAGAGGGCAACCUGUCACCAUGGCUGAUUGGAGAGUAAGGCCAGAAAGUGGUUAAUCUUAUUUUCAGUUUCAUGUUCAGGUUUAAUGUUCCAUAUUUGCACAUAAUUUUGUAAUUUCAUCAAGAGGAGUGUAUGUGUUUCUCUGUGUGCAUGUGUGUGUGCCCAGUUAUUAACAUUGAUCCAAUUAUAUAUGGUAAAGUGAUUAGUUAUUUUAAAUGUGGUCCUCUGUAGCUCAGCUCGUAGAGCAUGGCUCUUGUAACGCCAGGGUAGUGGGUUCGAUCCCCGGGACCACCCAUACACAAAAAUGUAUGCACACGUGACUGUAAGACGCUUUGGAUAAAAGCGUCUGCUAAAUGGCAUAUUAUAUUAUAAAUAGUUGGCCUGUAUUUGUGCAUGGAUUCCAAACACAGCAAAGCCACACAGGGUCUGAAAUAAUGAUUUACUCACAAAUACACAUGCAUACAACGGGUCAGGCGAUGUUGUGUUUUUGCGAGCAUGGUAAUUUAUGUGUGUCUAUGUGUGUGUUACAGAUUAUAGGAGCGACACUCAUCUCUUACUACUGCAAACUGAACAGCCAAUACAAAGUGGCCGUCAUCGGAAAGAUCCCCAGAGGGUGAGUGUUUAUGAGUGGGAGUUCUAAGAUCAGUUGAGUCCACAGGGGAGGAAGAGGGAUGAUAGCGGAAGGUGAUAUGGUCAGAGUGUACAGUAGCUCAUUGGGAAAGAGUCAUCCUAUAGAUAAAAAUGUCAAAGUCAGAUAAGGAAACACACAGAUACAGUGAGCAGAGAGAAGUGUGAUGACAGUGAAACAAUUAUCAACAGCCAGUAAAUGUCAACCUGUGUCAUCAAGAUUUGGUAAGCCAGUUCUGGACAUGUGUUUUAGCUGAUUCUGUAUGGUCUUCAGAUUGAAGAACUGCCAAAGAAAAAAGCUACAGUAAGACGUGGGUACUGCUACUGCUCAAUAUCAACUGUUGUUUGCAGCUUAUUUGAAUGGAGGAGACAGUAUUCAUAAGCUUGAUCAUGUUGUCACCAGUUUAAAUUGAUCAUUUAAUUCUUUCAAGUUUCAAAUCAUUUUCUUCAUAACAAUGCUUUACCUCAGGUAGCCUACAUGUCCUUUAUCACUUUGUUUAUCAUUUAGGUUGCUUUGAGCCAUCAUAACAUAGCCUGUGCAUUGAUACACAAUUAAACCCCAAAGUGAUUAUUUGUUUGUGUACAUGUUUCAACACUUGUUACCAGCGGCAGUAAUCAAGGGGAUGUGUUGAAGAAGGAGGAAGGGUCUGGACAGACGCAGUAAUCAAUGAGAUACAUUUUUACAGUGUUGAAGACAGGACCGUUUGGAAAUUCACUAGAUAUCGCUGUCCUUGACCCACAUAAUUAUUCUCUAUCCCUCCUUCCCCUCUGUCUCUCUCCUGUCUCCCUCUCCUUCUCUUCCACUCCCUUUCUCCCCACUCCUCUCUUCUCCCCCCCUUUCCUCUCUAUCCUUAGACUACAGCCUCCCAGUUCACCUAACAGCAGUCUGUGGAGUUCGGUAGUUGGUGAUUCGUUCGCAAUAGGCAUAGUGGGAUAUGCCGUUAACAUCUCCUUGGGCAAAAUCUUCGCCCAAAAACACAGCUACAAAGUGGACAGCAACCAGGUGGGACAUGCACGCACGCACGCACACACACACACACACACACACACACACACACACACACACACACACACACACACACACACACACACACACCCCAUCAGAGGCAUGCUCUUGGGGUUGUUUUGCUCUGAAGGAGUGAGACAGGCAGGGAACACACAGUGACUGUACCAGCUUACAGCUCUCUGGUCCUGAAUGUUUAAUGUCCGACACGUUCUGCUCAGUCAAGUAUGAAGGAGAAGUACACCAGGAGCAGUGAACAAAAUACUGAAUAUACCACUGAAUAAGCACUAGGUCUUAUUUACUUGUGGUGGCCAAAGGAUAGUCAUUAGUGUAUCCUCUGGCCUCUGCAUUCCUCUAAUCUCCCCCCUCUCUUUCAAACUCUCUUUCUCUUUUUCUCUCUCACUCUCUCGGUCGUCUUUCUCUCUCUCUAGGAGAUGGUGGCUAUUGGUCUCAGUAACAUAGUGGGAGGAUUCUUUCAAUGCCACGUUGUCGCUGCUUCUCCACCCCGAACCCUCCUCCAGGAUAGCACUGGGGGCAAGACACAGGUAACACACACAGACAUACACUCACGCAUGCACAUACAUGUAUCUCCACCUGCUAAUAUUUACACACACGUACAAACUAACUGAUGUGUGUGUUUAUACAUUUUGUCAGCUUGUGGGGGUGGUUUCUUCAGUACUUGUGCUGAUCUUCAUUCUGCAACUGGGGUCACUGUUUGAGGAGCUACCCAAGGUAUAUAUCUCUCUAUCACCUGCCCUCCAUCCAAACACACACAACACCACACCACUGAUCUGAUGAGUGUUUGUGUGUCCCCUAGGCUGUCCUAGCCUGUAUAGUGCUUGUGAACCUGAGAGGCCUUUUUGUGCAGUUUAAAGACAUUCCUGACCUCUGGAAGAGCAAUAAGGUUGACCUGGUGAGAGCUACACAUCUAUACACUUCAUAUUUAUGUCCUAAGACCUGCAUCCUAACUUGAGAUUAACGUAUAUGACUCAAAUUGGGUUUGGGAAACCUGGGUAUUCCCCAUAUUGAUUACCUGUGUCUCUGCUGUCCCCUAGCUGGUGUGGUUGGUAACGCUGGUGUGUACUAUUUUACUGAACCUGGACAUCGGCCUGGCUGCAUCCAUCGCCUUCGCUAUGCUCACUGUCAUCUUCAGAGCUCAACUGUGAGUCUGAGUGUGUUUGUGUGUGUGUUUGUGUGUGUGUGUGUGUGUGUGUGUGUGUGUGUGUGUGUGUGUGUGUGUGUGUGUGUGUGUGUGUGUGUGCAUGAGCACACGUGUUUGUUUUGUUUUAAGAGAGAUUAAGUAAGAAUUUCACAGGGACCCCACCCCAAAUAUGAUGAUACAACCUUAAAAUCGGUACAUGAAAAUAUUUACAUCAACAAAUAACCUUCAUUACAUUUUAAUCUUUUACCGAAAUGAAAGAAACCAGUAAAUACAUAACCUCUAUUUUUUUUCAUCUUCUAAUUAUCUUUCUCAAAAACGUUUGUAUAUUGUCCCAUACAAAAAUCUGUACUCGUAUUAUUAUAAUUUUUUGACUGACCCCACUGGUCUCGACUCAGACUUUGAAUACCACUGUUCUAAAGUAUUGUGUUCCUCUUUCUUCUUAAAGUUCAUAACAUCUGUUCUCUCUCGUGCGCACUCUCUCUCCCAGGCCGCGAUACUCUAUCCUGGGGCAUGUUCCUGGGACUGAGCUCUACCUGGAUAGAGACACAUAUGAGGAGGUGAGACGGAGGAGUUUACAUGUUUUUUUUUAUUGCUUUGGUGCAAUUUUCACAAGUAUGUGGUACAUUUUCACAACUUGUAGUACAAAACUCAAAACAGAUCCUCAAAAAGGUAGUUGUUCCAAUUACCAACUACAACACAAAAUCAUACAGACCCUGUUUCACCAAACCUAAUCAGUGUUUCAUCUAGAAAUAUGUUUCACAUUACAACACAUGUUCAUAUAAAGUAUUUGCCUUUCACAAUGCAAUACAGAGUUCACACUGCUUUACUAAAAUUGCAUUGGCCAAUACAGUACUGUAAUAUAUGCCAUUUACGUAGCAGACCCUUUUAUCCAAAGUGACAACCACACAUUUUUGUUAUGUGAACACAGUUGGAAUCGACCCCACAACUCUGGUGUUGCUAGAUGACCAUAUAUUGAAGCACCCUGUUUGUGUGUUGGUUUGUCCCACAGGCAAAAGAGAUACCAGGUAUCACUAUCUUCCGUUCAUCCACCACAAUGUACUAUACCAACGCUGAGCUAUACGUGGACGCAUUGCAGGAGAAGGUAGUAUGUGUGCACGCGUGUGUGUGUGUGUGUGUGUGUGUGUGUGUGUGUGUGUGUGUGUGUGUGUGUGUGCGCGUGUGUGUGUGUUAGUGAUGUGCGGGUUGACUCAUAACCCAUGAUUAUAUUCGCAGUGCUAGUGGGUUUAAUGAAAUAUUGUGUGGAUGAAGGGUGGGUGGCAGGUGGAUUGAAUAAGUAGAAAACAAUGCAUUAAAAAAAUCCAUAAAUCUAUAGGCUACAUCGAGCUUUUUCUUUCAUUAUUUUUAUCUGCCAUUAACGUGUCAGCCUUAGCUUUAGAGCCUAACUGUAGGCGCUCCGACUGAAACCUGGCACAGUGGAUGCUAUUCUGUUUCUCAACAGUGCUGCAAAAGAAAGGAAAACAAAUUAGGCAAUAUUAAGCCUCAUAUUUCUAAACAUUGUAAAGUGUACAAUUACUACUAUAGAUUAUGAAUAAUCUCUAAAGUAGGUUAUGCUCAAUUCAGAUUUUUGGAAUUGACUCCCAUUGAGUUGAAAUUAGAAUUGAAUUAGCCACACCCCACAGGAUGUAGAAUUUGCAUUUGAGUGACAGGAAGUAGAAUUUAAUUAAGUGCAAUUCAAAUAAAUUCCACUCAGUCAUAGAACAUGAUGGUUUCAUUGAAUCUGACUGGUCACACUUCCAGAUACCAUAGAAUAUAUCACUUUUCUCUGGAAACAAUGUUCAUAUACUCUUUUAACCUUAGUGCCAAUUAUAUUUUCUCAACAAAUAAUGCAGUUAUUUUAGACCCUACCUUAUACAGUAUAUUGUGUUUUGUAUUAAAGCCACAAUCCGUGAUUGGUCGAAAAGAUUUUGGAUAUAAUGUAAACCCAUUGAUUAUUGGAGAAUAUCACUCAUACUAUAUACACACCUCAUGAGCAUAGAACUACUUAUCAUCCCCAUUAUAACCCCCCAAAAUAACGAAUAGUAGGCUUUUGUUUAAAUGUUUACAAACAAUACAAAUGUGAACAACCCAUUUAAAACAACUGUGACAAUUGGUCUGUCACUUAGCAUUAGCCUUAGACUUGUUUACAAAAAUGUUAGCUAAAACUCAGCUUGAUGCUUAACACGCUGCUGAGCUAAUGACAGACUAAUUGGGCUCAAUAGUCCUUGCAUUCAAAGCCCUGUUAGUGAAUUUGAUGGUUGUAACCCAGUACUCAUUUACUGAGAGCGGCGUCUAUUGGAUGUCGUGUUUUGGUCCAGAUUUGGUCCGGACGUCUUUUCUUUGGUCUUUUUUUUGUGUAGUCCGGACCGGCCUUGAUUUCAACGUCUGGACCAAAUCUGAACCAAUCAUAGCCAUUUAUGUUUCACAGGUUUGGACAGCACAGUACAGUACAGUAGAGCACCGCAGAGUAUAGUACAUUACAGUACAGUAAAGAAAAGUUGAGUAUAGUACAGUACAGUAUAGUAAAGAAAAGUAUAGUGUACUGUAAAGUACCCUACUUUACUGUAAUGUACUCUACUGAAUUAAACUGUAAUGUACUCUGCUGAAUUAAACUCUACUGUACUGCACUCUUCUGAAUGACAUUAUACUGUAUUGACCUGUGAAACAUAGCCUAGCCUAGAUGUCCAUGAUUCAUUCAGAUUUAGAUCGGGUCCACACCGACCAAAUGUGUUCUUGUUUAGGGGCGGAGCUGAUUAGAAUAAUACCCAGCAUGCUUUGCAAGUGUUUGCUGAAUGACCAAAAUGUAAAUGUUAAAAAACAUACACUUUUAUCCAGAGCGACUUACAGGUAGAUAGACAACAAAUCACAGUCAUAGCAACAACAACAAAAACUGUAACCGUUAUUGAGAAUGUUAUUGUAGUUGAAGUGGUCUUUUGGUAUAUUCUGUGGGCUAGACUAUUUUGAACAUCAUCACUGCCAGUUUUAAAGCUUUUAAAAAAGCAAACAUAAGUUCAUGUGACAGACGGGAGCAAUAAUAAAUAUUCUGUAGCAAGCAAUCCUCAUUUGGGUCCUCUUUCGUCCGGAAAAUACAUAUUUUGUACAUCUGGAAAAUAUGUAUUAUCACCUUUCAUUCGGUACUUAAAAUGCACCUGAUUUCAGCGUCCAGAAAAUAUGUUUUCAAAGUCCGGAAAAUACAUAUCUUUGACAUCUGGAAAAUAUGUCUUGUCACUUUUUGGAAGCACUGGAUCUUUUAGUCUGUGGGCUGAAGAUCCCGAAAAAGUUGGAUCCACAGCCACUCCAUAUUUUUUAUGACCGGUAGACACCCACACACAUUUUUAUGACCUGUAUAUGCGAACACCAUUCCAACACAGAAAGCUGCUUUUUAACAUACUUCAUAAAACAAUUCUGAAGGAAAACGAUUUCACUCAUAUUAUAUUGAAUUAUAGGUAAUAUUUCAUAGAAAUCUGGAAACACUGGGCAGUUACUUUAAAUACACACAUCAGUAGUUAUAUGAUCAGUACAAUUAGCCAAUUGGAAACUUGCUUGACUACAAGGGCAAUAUUGGUCACACCUGUGACAAAACACUGGAUGUUAUAUUAUUUUUUACAGUUGUUAUUACUCGUGGCCUAUGCUAUUUAAUAAACUGUAGUAUCAAUCCACAAUGGAACACUUCAACUGAAGAACCACAUCUCAAUUUUGGAACAUUUUGGUGAUAUGGUAUAGUUGUAGUAUAUUCGAUAUGAAUCAUCCAGAGUCUUGAUAUUACAUACAGACUAUAAGCAAGUAGCCUAGCAGUUAAGAGCGUUCGAAACCCCGAGCCAAUUAGGUGAAGAAUCUGACGAUGUGCUCAUGAGCAAGGCACGUAACCCUAAUUGCUCCUGUAAGUCACUCUGGAUAAGAAUGUCUGCUAAAUGACUUAAAUGCACAAUACAUUUAUGUCAGUUGAGAACUUUGAACAUUCCAGUAAUAAUAAGAUACAAAAUCAGUACUCAUCUGAAGAAAAAAUAUGCACAUAUAUACAGUUGAAGGGUUCUACUAGGAAUAUUCAGAGUUGAUGACAACGCAAAGACUGUCAAUUAACUUCAGACAAUGGCAUGCGGUAUUAGGCUGGCUUCACGUGCUCGUGGGAAGUCGUAAGUCUGACAUUAAUGUUUUCAAGUGAUUUUGAACUCGGAACAAUUCUUCAUCCAAUAAGAUUUUAGAUAGCUUGAUAAGCUUGCUAAAAUUACUAAUAAUUAAGUGAGCUAGCUUGCUUAACAUUGACAAUAUGGUUAGACUAGCUUAUUUAUAUUGAUAAGUAAUUCUAAGAAAACUGAUUUGUUGUCAUCUUUUGGUUGAAAGGGUAAAAGGUCAGUCGUGAAACGUCACAACUCGGCAACUCAAAUAUAAAAAAAAAAAUCUGAGUUUCCAACUUGUAAUUCUGACUUGGAUUUGGGGUCAUGCAAGUGAAAUUUCCCACUGGAACUAGGAGCUUCUGAUAACUCCGAUAGCACGUGAACACAGCAUUAGGCCAUGAAACACGUUGCUUGGCCAGUGGCCAAGCCCUCGUCACACUUAUUAUUUAUUUAUUCAUCAAAACCCAGUCCUUUUGUACCAUUGCCACCUAUUGUGCUCAUAAUUCCCACUGUGAACAUAGCACAAAUAUUUCUGACACACCCAUGGUUGAAAAUGGGUUAUUAGCAAUUAUAGGUGGGUGCGGGUGAACAAACAGCUGACCCACGCAUCACUAGUGUUUGUGUGUCAUUCUCUCAAUAGCCCUCUUUCUCUGAAUUGCUUUCUCUCUCUCAAUCACUCUCUUUAUCUCAAGCGCUCUAUUUCAUUUUCUUACACAGAGUGGAAUUGACAUUGGGAAGCUGCUGAUGAAAAAGAAGAAAAGAGACGCUGAACAAAAGAGGAAAGACAAAAAAGAACAAAAUAAAGCCAAAAAGGAGGCAAAGAAACAGGUGCGACACACAGAUGUCAAACACAGGUCUAACAAACACACACAAAAAUUACACUGUUAGUGACUUUAUUUCUCUUCCCUUCCCAGAAGGGUGUGAAUGGAUACCUACCCAACAGUACAGUCCAUCCAGAGGACAAGGGGGAUGUAGAGAAUGGUUCCCCAGACCUGAAAGGGAACCAGAUGGCCAUUUCCCUAGUUGACAAACCCACCAACGGACAGGUGUGUAGUGUGAAGUACUACAAUAUAGUGAGGCAUCUAAGCAAAACAAUCGUGCAUUUUGUGAUUAAAGCAGCAGAUUUGGCACAUAUGUAGAUGUAUGUACCCUGAAAAGAUUCAGAUAUGGACCCACCCCGGAUUUGGCCCCUGGGGGUGUGGCAGACAUUUUUCAAAAUGUCAGCAUACGGUAACAUUAUUUUACAUUUAAGACUGAUUGUUUUGAGAUAAACACACCAAAUCUGGCACAUAGGUAGAUUUAUGUAGCAUGAACAUAUUUACAUCCGGAGCCACCACACAUUUGGCACCUGGGGGCCAUGGUGACCAUCUUACAAAAUGGCCACUGUCGGUAAAACAAUGUUACAAUUCUGAUGGCAUUUUUUGAGAUAAACGCACCACAUUUAGCACAGAGGUAGAUUAAUGUACUCUGGAAAAAUGUAGAGAUUGAGCCACCACAUAUUUAGCCCCUGGGGGCCGUGACAGCCAUCUUUAAAAAUUGCCACCAGCAGUACCAUUAUUUUACAAUUCAGAAGGACUAUUUUAAGAUAAAGGCUCCACAUUUGUGACAGAGAUAGAUUUAUGGACCCUGAAAAGACUUAGAUAUUGAGCUGCCACAUAUUUGGCCCCUGGGGGUCAUGGCAUUUUACACAAUGGCCACUGUUGGUAAUACAAUAGAUAAACGUACAAAAUGUGGCACAUAGGUAGAUUCCUUGGGGCAUGCAGGUGGGGCAACCCAGCUAAAUUGUGUGCAAGUAAAGAGAGAUCCACAUUAUUAUUAUUAUGAGAUGGAUUCUAUGGAGGCUGUGCUGUUUCUUUGUAUACAUGUGUUUUUUUGUUUCGUUUUUGACAUUUGUUUCUAAACCUUUCCCUUGGGAAAUAAUUUUUUAAAAGGUGUGAAGAAAAUAGUGUUGGGGAGAGAGUUAAAUGAUUGACAGGCUGGCUGUGCAGUCUUGCUGAUCUACUGGUCACCCUUGUGGCGGGUGGAUGGGCUAGACGGCCCGGGUGGCUUGGGCUGGUGGCCCGGGUGGCUUGGGCUGGCGGCCCGGGUGGCUUGGGCUGGUGGCACGUCUUGGACCCUCCCAUUCCUGACCAGUGUCAUAUUGUUGGAUUCAUUCUGGUAUGUGUGUGCACGGGGGUGUGUGUAGGGGGUAGACAAGUCUCUAGGUGCUUGUCCGCACGCAUAAACAUGGACUGAGUAUGCUCGAGGGUAAUGUGGCUCCCUGUGUCUUUGUGGCAGCCGUCUUACAAAAUGCAUUAGACCCCAAUUAGGCUAGAUGUUUUACUGUAUGUUAUAGUGAAGAGACCAUUGUGUACAUCUCCUAAUGUUUUUGUAACAUGCCUGCCAUUGGUUGAUAUAUGGCAUUGGUUGAUGUACAGCAUACACUUGAAUACAGGGAUUCAGAUCAGGUCCAAGGCCAUGAGUUUAUUUUGCUUAGUAGCCACUAGUAAAUUAGCUUGUUAGUGUCGGGGCUUGUGAUGCUGUACUCAUCUCUUUCUGUUCUGUGUAUGGCUCUACUGACCCAGUAAUUAUUGUUUUAAUGAUGAUUUUAGAGGACCCUGAGGGUGCAGGAAAUACACCUUCACCUGAUGCUGUCUCAAAUCAACAGAACACCAAAAUCCAUGUCAUACUAAAGCCUUUAAUUUCUUCCAAUUGCGGAACAUUAUAUUCAGCUAAAAUUAGAAAAACUAGUGUCAUACUUUUGUUAAUGAAACUGGUUGAAAUUAGAAUAUUAUGUUUGACAGGCACAGUUCUGACUGAAACACAGCCUGAGAUAAUUGUCCACAGCAAUUGUGAACUAUUCCACCUCAAUGACUAGAAUAAUUUCCAAAAUAGCUUUAGUAGCCAUUUGUUACAUGCUCAUGUGGUACGAUGUGAACCCUAGUCUCCCGCUCCGGGACCAAACGUCUUAAGCAUUAGACUAAAAUAAUAUUCUGUCUUUGGCCAAGGGUGGUUUUAUGUCGCAGGCAGAGCUACCUCAUCACUAGAGUGUGUUUUAACUCACCUCCGCUACACUCAUCCCAGAAAAUAUAAUUUUUUCUACAAUUUGGCCUACUGUAAUAUACUGUGUUACUGUUACAACUUUUGGUUUUCAGGUGAUCCAGGGCAAGAAGUAUAGGCCAGAAAUCUAUAAAUCAAAGAAGUAUAGGCAAUACAUUUUUGUAGAUUAAAGGUUUGUAAAGUAGUGGUACAGUCUGCAGCCUUUUAGUAAAAUGGCUGACACGGUCUAUAUCUAAAUAUUUUCAGGGUACAUGCAUCUUCCUCUGUGCCAAAUUUGGUGUGUUUAUCAAAAAAAUGCCUUCAGAACUCUAACAUUAUAUUCCCGACAGUCGCCACAGCCCCCAGGGACCAAAUCUGUGGUGUCUCCAUAUCUAAAUAUUUUUUCAGGCUACUUAAAUCUACCUUUGCGCCAAAUUCUGUGUGUUUAUCUCAAAAUAGUCCUUCUGAAUUGUAAAAUAGUGUUACCAUAUGCGGCUAUUUAAAAAAAUGUCUGCCACGCCAGGGGCCAAAUCUAGGGAGGCUCCAUAUCGAAAUCUUUUCAGGUUACAUAAAUUUACCUCUGUGCUAAAUUUGGUGCUUUUAGCACAAAAUGCAUUGUUCCAGAUUUUUCAGCUAAGGAACCCCACUAGUACUACAGGAAACACUCUGGACUCUAGUUAUAGCCUACAGUCAGUAAAACCUCCAGGUGCACCUAGGCUAGCCCAUAAUGCUUUUUGAAAUAUGUGUAUUUUAUCAUAGCAGUGUAAAGAUUGAAGCUCUGUCUCUCUGUCAAUCUAAGGUGAACUGGGCAUUUGAGCAGCAAGGUACUGGGUUCGACCGGGGCUCUGAGACUGGUUUUCAUGGCGAUGAUCACAUAACCCAGAUGUCCAAUACCGGAGGAGAAGGAGAGAUGGGGAAGAGCUCUGUCAAUGACACACACACCAUCAUCCUGGACCUAUCCACAGCCAGCUUUGUUGACAUGGCCACUGUGAAGACGCUGAAAAAUGUAUGUGUAUGUGGGGGUAGUGUGUGUGUGUGUGUUUUUGAACGAUGGGGAUGAAGGAGGAUAUAAGUAUGAAAGACGGAGAGGGGAGUUUGAGCACAGAGGGGAUGGAGAGACAGGGAAAGUGAGAGGGAGAGAGACAAAGAGAGGUUAGGUUACCAGAUGUUUUCAGAAAUGUGUUAUUAAUAGUUUCUUUGCAUCCAGUCUUCUUUUGUAACAUUGUUUGCAGUCGCACUCCUGUGUGGCCUUGUUCUCCAAACAAACAAAGGUAUUGUGUUCUGUGAGUAGGCAGGCCUAAAUUAUAUAUUUUUGUAUGUCAGGAAGAGGCACUGAUAGAAAGAGGAGGUGGAGAUAAAGAGGGAUGGAAGAGAAAAACAAGAUAAAUCCAAACUGGUGUAACAAAAACAGUCCCUGAGAGAAACAUGGCCUUCUUAUUUGACCUUCUCUGUCUCUCACUUUCUCUGCAGAUAUUCCUCAACUGUAGAGAGAUUGACAUUGACAUCUAUAUAACUGGAUGCCAAGGUGAGUAUAUGUCAGUGGAGGCUCCUCAGAGGAGAAAGGGGAGGACCAUCCUCUUCAGUGAAUUUCUGAAAAAUAGAAAUAGUGAAACAUUAAAAAAGUUAGCCUUUUUAUAUACAACUAUACUUAAUAUAUUCACGUCACUAAAUAAUUGAUUAAAACACACUUUUUUGCAAUGGUCUACAGUAGCCUCAACAGCACUCUCUAGGGUAACACCAUUGUUUAGCCGGAGGACAGCUAGUUUCCAUCCUCCUCUGGGUACAUUGACUUCAAUACAAAACCUAGGAGGCUUGUGGUUCUCACCCACUUCCAGUAAUUAUGACAACUUCCGGAGUACGUCCUCCAACCUAUCAUAGCUCUUGCAGUAUGAACUGACAUGUUGUCCAGAGAAUUAAUUUAUUUUUAUUUAUUAUUGUAUUUAUGAAUCUAGUACUGAAAGCAUAACUACAGCUAGCUAGCAGUGCAUAACAUGUGGUGAGUAGUUGACUCAAGGAGCGAGAAAGACAAUAGUUGUACAGUUUUGAACUAAUUAAUUUUUCUUUAAAAAUGAAGGAGAUGCAAGAGAGAGAGAGAGGUUUAGACUUUUUUUUUUACUUUAACUUUCACUUACUUAGCUAGAGAAUGCAGCUAGCUAGUUUAGCCUAUUCAAACACCUGGCUCAAACUCAAACAGAGAGGGAUGCUAUGUUAGCUAGCUGGCUAUGGCUAUCCAACACGGAAACUCUUCCGAGUCAAGGUAAGCUUUUGGUUUUAUUAAUUUAUUGCCACCAGGACCCACCGGUGUAACUGCUCAACUGCUUGCCUCUGACUGUACACUGUACUGCAUGAUUGUAGUGGGUUUAAUAACGCAUUAGAUCUAGCAGCUAUGUUGACUAUGAUGUUAAUAUGGUGACAACGAUGUAGGCUGUGUGUUGCGGUUAGCGGUUAUUAUAUUAAGAUUUGACUUGGAAAGGUUUUUUUUUUUUUCGCAUGGUCACAUAGAGCUGAUGUGUUGUUACUGAAGUCCACAAGCGAAGGGAAAAGGUGAGUGGAGGAAAGCGCGUAGAUGCGAGAAGGAAUUAUACAACAAUCAAAGGGAUCAUGCUGUUUGUAUGUGGCUGAUAUGAAAGUUAAAUGUGUUUGCUUUUGAUCAGGGGUGUAUUCAUUCCGCCGAUUCUGAAAAAAAUAAUAAUUCUUAAACGGAAGUAAACGGAAUGAAACAGGGAUAAACAUAACUGAAUUUGUCAAAUAGAAACUAUCAUUUGCAACUGUUGGAUUAAUGAAUACACUCUAAAUCAGCUAGAUGCAGACAAGAGUGUGCAAGUCGGUGUUGAAUAUGUCAAUGUCUUUCACCUUGAUUACAAAAAUGUAUCUCAACCUGUGCACCUACAUUGUAAACUUUCAUUCAAAUGCUAGGUUGUAGCAAGCUCAUGAUGGAUAUAGGGACAAUUUGAGUAUCAUGUAGUAGCCUAAACCUACCGAUGUUACGUUGAGCUGGGUGAAUGGAAUAUGAAUGACAAUCAUCCAAUAUGCUGUAGUAGAAAUACUCUAAGGCCAUGCUCAUAAAAAAAAAAAAUCGUCCUCCCUCAUCUUAAACGGCACCGACCGCCACUGGUGUGUGUGGUAAUUAAGGCUCGUCACACUGGCCUUAGCUUGUUUGUGUUUGUGGUUCACGUGUGUAUUGUCUAACCUGGUUUGUCUUUCCUCCAGUCUGUGUGGUGGAGCAGUUAUCGAUUGCAGGCUUCUUCUCUGAGUCCAUUCCUAAGAGCCGUCUGUUCCCUACGAUUCAUGACGCGGUGCUACACAGCCUCCGGCUGCAUGGGGCCUCAGACGUACCCAUCAUCUACGAGUAUGCUCUGGUGAGUGGAGCAGACUAUACAUAUAUUUUUUUUAUGAGCUACUUUCUUAUUAUUAUUAUUUCUUAAGCGAUACCAGGAAAUGUAUUAAUUAAUUAAUUCAUAUGGUCACAGAAUCGUAUGUUAUGUUCCUUCUGACACUAUCUCCUCUUCUAUUAGGACUUGACCUGCACUACCAAGAUGUAACCAACAGGGGUCACUUUGUUCCCCUUCCACUCCACCUUCCUCCUUUGGAAUAACUUUAGCUUUAGCCAAGGGGAAAAUGCCAAGGGGAAAACAUACAAUGGGUUAUUUCUUAAGCCUCACUGCUGAUGAUGUAAUCAUAAUGAUGUUGCAAAUUAUGUAAAUCAUUUUUCCUAAAUCAGAAACAUGGUAGUUCAAUAUCCACUGAAUGAGUAUGAAUACCAGAUAUUCACUCUGUUAUCCAAAGGUUGAGUGUUCAAAUCACAUCACGGACAACUUUAGCAUUUUAGCUAAUUAGCAACUUUGCAGCUACUUACCUCAUUUGAGCUACUUUGCAAAAACUUAGCAUUUUAGCUAGUCCUUCCCCUAACCCCUAGCCUAGCUAACGUUAUCCACCUAGCCAUC